AUGUCUCAAGACGCUACACCUUCUCCGCAGGUUGUGCCUACUCAGGCCGACUCCAAGAACCCCUUCGAUGAUGAUGACUUCAAGGCAUUGGUCGAAAAGGCCAUGAAGGACUGGAACAUUCCCGGUUUAGCCAUCUCUGUUGUUGAUGGCGAUAAUGUCUACGCACAGGGCUACGGUUAUGCUUCCCUCCCAGAUAAGAAGCCCUUCACUCCAGAGACCCUCGCUGGUUGGGGUUCAACAACCAAAGCUCAAGUCAUGGCUGUCCUUUCUCAGAUGAUUGACUCGGGCAAGUACCCCCAGCUCGCCAAGGGCUGGAGAACCCCCAUCUCGUCCAUCAUCCGCGAGGAUUUUGUCCUGCAAGACGACUGGGUCACGCUCAAUGCCACACUGGAAGACGCUGCUUGUCACCGUACUGGUAUGGCCUCUCACGACUACGCAAGCUUUCCCCUUGAAAUUGACGGUAAGCCUGCCACGGUGCGCGGCUAUGUCCGCAACCUGCGCAAUCUCCCCAUGACCGACCUCCUCCCUCGCACACAAGGCCACUACUGCAACCCCAUGUACUUUACGCUGGGAUAUGUCAUUGAGGUGCUCACCGAAAAGCCUCUUGGCCAAGUUCUCAAAGAGAUGCUCUGGGCACCGCUUGGAAUGGACAACACAUACUCAUCCAACAAAGAUGCCAACGAAUCCGCACACGAACAUGCCAAGAGUUAUAUGUGGAACUUGGAAAAGGGCGAAUUUGAGGAGAAGCCGCUCGUCGAGAUCGGCCAUGCAGGCGGCGCUGGGUUUGUCAUCUCCAACGUACUCGACUACGCCAAGUGGGUGAAAUGCCUGCUUAAUGAGGCCGAGCCACUCUCCAAAGCUGUCCAUAGUGAUAUUAAGCGAAGCCGAAUCAUUUAUAACCCGACCCGUAGCUCGCUUGCUGGACCUGUCCACUACGGCCUUGGGUGGCUCGACACAGAUAUCCACGGCGGUGUGACGCAGUACACGCACAGUGGCUCAACUCAAACCUUCAGCUCCAACAUGUUCUGGAUGCCCAGUAUGAAAUAUGGCCUUAGCAUGGUCCACAACGGUUUUAUGGAUGGUGGAAGCAUUCACGGUAUCCUCAUGCGGCGCCUGGUCGAGGACAAGUUGAACAUCCCGCUGGAGAAGCGCCUUGAUCACUACGCACGGCACCUUGAGAACCGGGCAGAAGCUUAUUCACAGCCCCAACAGAUUGAGGAGACUUUGUUUGGUAAAGAUUCGAAAGAUAUUGUUCCCUCGCGAUGCCCUAUCGAAAGUCUCGCAGGUAAAUAUCAUAAUGCUGGCUAUGGACCUAUCGAGUUGGUGGUCAAGGACCAUCCCAAGGACGCUAGCAAGAAGAUCCUCUGGGCUGACCGCGCCAACUCCAUCUUCCCGGGUCAGUUCAUACUGCACCACAAGUCUAGUGAUUUCUGGGUAAUGAACUGGACACCUCUCGGUAGCUAUCCUCCAGACGGAGUAGAGGUGUGGAAGGCGCAGUUCCGUUUUGGACUCGACGGCAGCGCUACGGAAUUUGGCGUCCAGAUGAACAAUAGAGGCGAAUCAGAAGGCGAGGUCGUCUUCAAGAAAACCAAGUAA